AUGUUUAAAGAACCACACACUACCAUUGACACAAGUGUCAAUGAAAUACCACAGAGUCCAUCGCAACAGCACAGUUUAAGUGACUCAGAUAGCGAGCUAUCUCUCACAGAAUACAAGGAUCACUUGAUUGAGCAACAUCAGUCGCAAAUGCCCCAAUUCCAUCAAAACAGCAUGUCAAUAUCAACGUUUAGCCUGCCGUUGUCCGAUGGAAUAGAGGAUAACAAACAUCGCAGCAAUGGGUUGUCACUCAAUGGCGAGGAGACUGAGGUGAAGCAUCCUAGUAAUAGCCCUGGAAAUAGUGGCUCAGGUUCUACCUCCGCUGACAACUUGUCGAGCGUCAAAGGUUCAGUACGAAGGAAGCCACCGCCAGAUAUACUUGUUAGUCCGCAAUCUGAAAAUGAGAUGACUCAAGACGAAAGCAACACAUCUCCUAUAAAUGAGGCAGAAGUAGACUCCCAUCUAUCACAGCUGGGUCAUAAAAGAAAGACAAAUACGUUUAAGCGAUUUUCAGCAGCCAAUUUCAACAAUUUUGGCAAAGUGAUGGACUCAUUGAAGCGAUCAGCCAGUAUGAGGACAUUCAAAACACCUGAAAAGGAAAGUCAUAUUUAUAAAACGACACCAGACACUGACCCUGUACUGCAAACACCGAUAUUUGAGUCUCCACAGUCAAAUACUUCGACAGCAUCAACUAUUGAACCCAUUGCAAGUGAAAUGCCCUUUUGGAAAUACCAUAUUCUUCGCUUUGGAAAAGACUUGUAUCUAACAACUAAUCCAGGUACAAAGUACAUUCAUUGUCGUAAUGGGCCUAGUUUUUAUGUCGAGGUAGUGAUUGAAUCUGGCCAUAGUCAGGGUAGUAAGCCAGAUGAGGAUUACUCGUUAAUUUUCAAAGAUCCAAACAAUCUUUCUCAAGAUCCUAGACAGUGUAUGGUAAUAUCAAAGAAGCAUGAUCAGCAAAAAGGGUAUUUCAAUAUAAGAACCCCCAAGAACACUUACCUCGCUGCUGAUGGUACAGUGGAAAAGUAUGAAGACUUGACUAUGUUUAAAACAAUGUCGUUCCCGCUGUCAAUUGGAGGCAGGUACUUUCCUUUUGAUGGCUUACGAGAAGGUACGGCAAAGUAUUUCACUAAUUACGAAAUCAAGGAUUUGCUAAACGUGUCCUGGAAUGUCGGAUCAAUACCCAGAGUCAGGGUCAGUCGAAUGAAUCAAAUGAGAGAAAAAAUCAAAGGUGCAAAUAAGGAUGCCAGUGGAAGGAACGAAGAGGAAGAACUUAAGCUUGUGGGUAAGCGAAACAUCUAUUUCCAUCAAAAUUACACCAACAGUAAAUGUGAAGGACAAUACUCCCCACUGGAAAAAAUUUACGACUCGUCAACUGAUUUCCCUCUGGUUUUGAGUAUGUUUCGUCCCAAUGAACAUAAAAUAACAAAGAGACUAGUCCAGUCGAUGAAGCAACAACAACAGCAAAAGAAUCGUCAUAUACCAAGUGUCCAUCUGGCACUGGAUGAUUUUGAAUCUAAUCAGAACAACACCAAGACUUUUUAUAAUGGAAGUGAUGGGCUUUAUUACCUGCGUGAUACUCGUGAUGAUAAUCCCGAUGAAAAUAAACUGGGAUGGUUAACUAUAUAUGAGAAUGCUGAGGUAUUUGGAGGAACAGAUAAUAGAGGAAUGUUUGAUGUUGUUCUUGGAAUGACAUUGGCUGUGGGGUUUGAUACAUAUUUGAAGGACAAUAUGGCUGCAAAAAGAUAA